AUGGACCGACACAGCCUGCAGGUAGCCCUCGACGAUCCGGAGCACGGAACUGCCUUUACCGAAUGGGCCCGCCUUCACCUCGGCCCCGACAACCUACUGUCCAGAGAUGAGCUGGCCUUAUAUUCAGCCCUUGACAGAUCCGGUCAGAUCGACAAGCUGGUUGAAUCGCAUGACCUGGCUGCUGUUCAAGCUGUAGGCGAACGUGAGAUACAGACUGCCAUUGAAGAACUCAACCGAUCGACGGCCGCUAUCGUGAAGCAGACCGAGUCCUUGAAGCAGCAGCAGGAUGCCCUGUCGAAGCUAGUCAAGACUCAUACCAGGGUGGAGGAGGCCCGCUCCGAUCUCGUUUUCCAAAGAAACCAGAAACAUGAUGCUGAACGCAGAAAGAUGAUGACUACUGUCGAGGAGCUGUCUCAAAGUCUCGAGUACAAGGCGUCAGACCUCGAACAGCAGUCCAAGGUCUCUGGCAACGGCCUGCAUCAGACUUUGGAUAGCCUGCUUCACUCCGACGACAAGCUUCUGCUGAGUCUCCGCAAGCUGGGGCUGGAACUUGAGACCGAGGACCCCGAAGACCGGGAAAACGUUGAGAAACUUCGCGAGAUUUGCAUGAGGCUGAUCAAGUACACUGUUGAAACGGUGCGCACGAAGCUUGACCGACUCUAUCUCGAAGCGCUUAGCUCCGCUCAUCAAAACGGCGUGACAUCUCACCCUUCCGACGACGUCAAAACCUCGCAGGAGGAGCUCGAGUCUCUCUACGCCGAGAUCCUUCCCGUGGCUCAGAUGUCGGUCGAGCAGCAGCAUCUCGAACCCGCUCUCAAGUCCUUAUCGAGCAAGAACGGACAGUCUCUGAGCCGUUCUGCCGCUGCGGUUAUCUACAUCGACGAGUGCCUGGAUUACCUCCUAGACCACAUGGAACGUCUCUCUGCCCGCAUCGAAGCCUACCAAUCCCACCAAACCGCAACAGCAAGCUUCCUCACCACAGCCCGCUCAGAACUCUCCGCCCCGGCCGUGACGCCAAAGAAGAAGACGCCAACCCAGGAAUUCGUCUCCCCCGUCCGCCGCCGCAACACGAACCCCAGCGGAUCUCCAACUCGCAACGCCAAUCGCCGCCGCCGGUCCUCCGGCUUCGAUGAGCCACCUCUCGAAGCUCUCCUCCGCUCCCUCGCCAUCGCCUUCCCCGAAGACGUCACCGACGGCGCCGGACAGGCGGCCAUACUAUCCGCGACACUGGCCGAGCGGCAGGCAAAGGCCCGCGACGUAGCGCGCGACGCUCAAAGGACGCUUGAGGGUACAGCCGCAACGCAGCUUGCGGAUUCGAAGCUCGCGAUCCAGCUAUUGCGGGAUAGUUUGCUAGCCGAGAGCCCCUUUGGAGAUGUGCGGCUUGUGGAUGAGGGGAUUGAGGCUUCUAUUGCCGUGUUGGGACAGGAGGUUGAGAAGGUCAAGGAGAGGAUUGAGAGGGUCGAUGCUGGGAAGGCGAGGUUGAGGAGCGAGAGGAGGAGGGAGAUUCUGGAGCGAUGGGGGCGGUAG